CACUCCCACUCUCCGCCAUUGUUGGAAGGUAAAAGAAGAAGAAACCAUUACAAAGCAAAGCAAAGCUAAGCAAAUCAAAGCAGAGGAGAACGACAAGGAAACUACGAAUCCCCAAUUUCUUUUUCUUCACCAUUUCACAGAAACCCUAGUUCACUUGUGGUGGAAAUUGGAAAAUAUGCCGAGGGAGAUAAUCACGUUGCAAGUGGGGCAAUGCGGAAACCAGAUCGGGAUGGAGUUCUGGAAGCAGCUCUGUCUCGAGCACGGCAUCAGCAAAGAUGGGAUUCUCGAAGACUUUGCCACUCAGGGAGGUGACCGGAAAGAUGUGUUUUUCUAUCAAGCAGACGACCAACAUUACAUACCACGAGCUUUACUGAUGGAUUUGGAGCCUAGAGUGAUUAAUGGUAUACAAAAUGGUGAAUACAGGAAUCUGUACAAUCACGAGAAUGUAUUUAUUGCAGAUCAUGGUGGUGGUGCUGGGAAUAAUUGGGCAAGUGGAUACCAUCAGGGUAAGCAAUAUGAGGAGGAUCUAAUGGACAUGAUUGAUAGAGAGGCAGAUGGCAGUGAUAGUCUAGAGGGUUUUGUUCUGUGCCAUUCAAUUGCUGGGGGAACAGGCUCAGGGAUGGGUUCUUAUCUUUUGGAGACUCUAAAUGACCGAUACAGCAAAAAACUUGUUCAGACAUACAGUGUAUUUCCUAACCAAAACGAAACUAGUGAUGUGGUGGUACAGCCAUAUAACUCCCUUCUAACGCUGAAGCGAUUGACACUGAAUGCUGAUUGCGUAGUUGUUCUUGAUAAUACCUCGCUUAAUAGGAUUGCUGUAGAGCGGCUUCAUAUCUCGACUCCCACUUUCGCUCAGACGAAUUCUCUAGUGUCUACUGUCAUGUCAGCAAGUACAACAACACUACGCUAUCCUGGAUAUAUGAAUAAUGACUUGGUUGGACUUCUUGCUUCUUUGAUCCCUACACCUCGAUGCCACUUUCUAAUGACAGGAUACACGCCUCUUACAGUGGAGCGCCAGGCUAAUGUAAUUCGGAAAACAACUGUACUUGAUGUAAUGAGAAGACUUCUUCAGACAAAAAAUAUCAUGGUUUCCUCUUGCGCUCGAACAAAAGAAGCUAGCCAGGCAAAAUACAUAUCAAUUUUAAACAUUAUUCAGGGAGAAGUGGAUCCUACUCAGGUCCAUGAAAGUCUGCAGAGAAUUCGUGAAAGAAAACUUGUUAAUUUUAUUGAGUGGGGACCAGCUAGCAUUCAGGUUGCAUUGUCCAGGAAGUCUCCUUACGUGCAAACAGCUCACCGUGUGAGUGGACUCAUGCUAGCCAGUCAUACUGGCAUCCGCCACUUGUUCUCCAAGUGUUUGAGCCAAUAUGACAAGCUCAGAAAGAGACAAGCUUUUCUCGACAAUUAUAGGAAUCACCCAAUGUUUGCUGACAAUGAUCUAUCAGAAUUUGAUGAAUCUAGAGACAUAAUUGAGAGUCUUGUAGAUGAGUACAAGGCUUGUGAGUCCCCAGAUUACAUCAAGUGGGGAAUGGAGGAUCCAGAUCAUCUCCUCACAGGGGAAGGAAAUGCUACCGGGACAGUUGAGCAAAAAUGAGUCGUGUGAUGUGACCGUAUCGAUCACAUAUCUGGGAAUUGUGUUUUAUUGCUAUUAAAGCUGAGUGAAGAGUGGAUUUGGAUUUCAGUUUCUCUUGCAGAACAUGCAUUUUUUAUCGCAUAUGCCGUGUAAACUCUCCCUGUAUAUGAAACUGGGAAUUUAUUUUAUUUUAUUUUAUAUUAUUUAUUUCGUUUCGAGUUGUCUUUUUUUGUGUGUUUUGACUUGUGUAUUAUUAGAUGAACAUGUUUGCUACUGGAAACUAGUUAUUUGCUUUUGUUAAUAUAUUUUCUAU